UCCAAAACCAAUUUGACCAAAUUCAUGAAUUAUUGAAUUCUGUGGGAUCUGAUCUCUCCUAUUAUACUCAUGUACGAAGUUGAAGUUGCGCACAGUUGGGUUUUCUCCUAUUAUUCUCCUUCCUUUCUGUUGGAACUCAAAGAUGGACGGAUUCAAGCCUUACAUACCUGGCGCUACAAAAAUUUCUUUAAAUGAUAAGAGAUAUCACGUGUUCCUGAGUUUCAGGGGAAAAGAUGUGAGAAAGACUCUCGUUGAUCAUCUCUUUCAAGCUCUUUCCGCAGCUGGAUUGAAUGUGUUUCUUGACAGCCACAAAUUAAAGAAGGGGGAAAUCAUUGAUUUAGGCCUGGAAAAUGCAAUUAAGUGCAGUUCAAUACGCAUUCCUAUGAAUAUGACUGGAAGCUCUAGCCCUUAUGAUGAAUCAUUUAAAAAACACUAUAGCCAUCCAGAUCGAUAUUCAAGAGAAGAGAUUGAUGGGUGGAAGCAUGCCCUUGAGCAGAUCUGUUGUCGCUCAGGCUGGUCCCUGGAUAUGACUGGAAGCUUCGAAGCUCAGCUAGUGAAGAAGGUCGUGAACGACAUAAUAAAGACACUUGACAGGGUGCCGUUACAAGUUGCCAAAUACCCAGUGGGAUUAGAAACGGUGAAAAAAGAUCUCAUUCAGAAAUUGCAUCUCGGUUCAGCCCAAACAGUGGUUAGAUUUGGAAUAUGGGGUAUAGGCGGUAUUGGUAAGACCACAGUUGCAAAGGCCGUGUACAAUGAAGCUUGUAAUGAUUUCGAUGCCGCUUCGUUUGUAUUUAAUGUCCGCUCCACUAGCCUUACAAAAUUGCAGGGGCAAAUUCUCAAAGAUUUGGUCAACUAUGAAGAAGAACUGUACAGUGUGGAAAAGGGCAAAUAUUUGUUGACAGAUCGUUUGCGAGGAAUCCGUGCCCUUGUCAUUUUGGAUGAUGUGGAUGACCGAGUGCAAUUGGAAGCCUUAGCUGGGCAUUGGUUGUCUCCUGGCAGCUGCUUAAUCAUAACUUCUCGAGAUCGACACAUUCUCAAUGCUGCUCACAUCUCAUCAGCGUGCAUUCACGAGAUGAGCGGAUUGGAAGAAAGUGAAGGUCUCCAAUUGUUUAGCUGGCACGCCUUCCUCAGACCGUCCCCAAUUACCGGUUAUGAAGUGCUCUCGAAAAGAAUAGUGCAGGCUUGCAAGGGGCACCCUCUUUCUCUGGAAAUCAUUGGAGCUUUCUUGUAUGAUAAGCAGAACGACACAGAUAUUGACUGCUGGAAUGAAAUUCUUGACAACUUUACAGUCAACAAAGACAUAUUUAAAACACUCAAAAUCAGUUAUAAAGGUCUUAGUGCUGAGGAAAGAGAUAUAUUUUUGGACAUUGCUUGCUUUUUUAUUGGGGAACGCACAACUAAUCCCAUUCUUUUCUGGAAAUCCAUGUACAAGAAUGUGCGCAUUGCUAUCACCAAUCUUUCAAUGAAGCUGCUAAUAAAGAUAGACGAGAAAGAUGUAUUUGAUAUGCAUGAUCUUGUGCGAGAAAUGGGGCGAAUGGUUGCUGAAGAAGAGCAAACCCGGCAAUGGCGGACUGCGCAGUCAAGCAGUUCAUCCAAAAAUGUAAGCAAUAUCUCUGGCCUUCGUCUCUAUAAAGGUGAUUUACGGAGUCUUAAAAUGUUGGGCACACCUCGUCUUCGCUAUCUUCAUUUGGAGCAAGUGCACAUAGAAGAUAGCAUAGACAAUCUUCCUCCAAGUUUGAGAUGGCUAAAGGUGGAUUCUUGUUCCUUUCCGAAGACAAUGUACAGCUCGAUUUUGUUCAAGGACUUAAUUUUAACAAUGAAGAAGAAAUUUACCUCUGUUGUGGACAUCAUACCGCAAUUGAGGAUCAUGGACUUGACUGACUGCAGAUCCUUACAAAACCUCCCUGACAAUAUUGGUCAUUUGUCACAUUUGCAGUCCUUGAAUUUGUCUGGAUGUCUGAAGUUGGAUUGUCUUCCUAACACCAUUUCCAACCUCUCACAACUGCUAUACUUGAAUUUGAGUUACUGUGAAAGAUUAGUAUACCUUCCUGACAGCAUUGGAAACUUGUCACAGCUACAGUACUUGAACUUAACUUGUUGUAGAAUCUUAAUUGAACUUCCUGACAGCAUUGGCAAGCUAUCACAGCUGAAGCAAUUAAGUCUGAGCUGGUGCGAAAAAUUGGAGAGCCUUCCAGAAAGCAUUAGCAACUUGUCAAAGCUGGAAAGGUUGGAUAUGCUGAGGUGUCAUACUGCAUGGAAGUCAAUUCCUUAUUCCAUUUUGAUCCAGCCAAAACUAUGCCUCUUAGGAUUACCUCCCCGGGUGGAGGAGUGGCGAAGGGGUGAACAAAGGGAACGAAGUCUAACAGAGAAUCAAGAUCAAACAGAGGAGUGGACUACUCCAAAGUUUAGAGAAUCCAUGACAGAAUUUAGCGCAACCUUAGCUCCGGAAUGCCAAAAUUUGGAGUCCAAGCUCACAAAAAUCAGAAAUCAACCUAAACGAAGACCCGAACUCAAGUUGCCAGGCAAAGCAACAAAAGGAAAUUUAAAUUCUUACCGCCAAUGGUUUCCGUUGAGUAGUUACCCUACGAGGGUUAACACCAAAUUCAAUUCUUACCGCCAAUGGUGUCCGUUGAGGAUUAACACAAUUUUUUUAGCAGGAAAAUCAUCAAAUUUCAAUAAGACAAGUGCCCCAAGUUCUUCAAGGAGUGCCCCAAAUUUUUCAUCGACGAGUACUUCAAGUUUUUCAACAAGUUGUACCCCAAAUUCUGCUAAGUGAUAUAAAGAAAAAUCUUCAACCUGAACCUGAGAUUUUCAAUAGAAAAAUCUUCUUGUUUUGUGGAGAGUUGGUGUAAACGGGAGGAGCAACCCACGUUUGUUGAAAUAAAUGAAGGCUCCAACUCAAAUUAACCGGCAAACCAACAAAAGGCAACAAAAAUAUCAAUCGCCUUGUCAUCCAUUUUAUUGUCAUCCAUUUUAUUGGAAAGAAAUUAUUACAAUUUCAUCUUUAAUAAACUUUCUAUUGAAAAUGAAAAG